CAAAAUAUCAUCAAUCCUGCUGGCCUCCUUUGCCUGCUAUGGCCUUGACUCAAGACAUUGGAGCUAUACUGAAUCUUAUGAUCCAGGUCCUUGUCAUCCUCCCUUACAGCGCCCUCACGAUACCACGACAACGACAAUUGCCUUCUACCCAUUCAAAUAACAGGACCACUCCUACCCAAGGGGCGAAAUCAGGAGCCAUGAUUUCAGACAAGGUCUACAAGCUCUGCACGAACAACGAGAGUGUAUCUGCACUCCUCGCCAAGGAUCCUACCAUGGCGCCUGGAGACGCAUGGAAGAAGCUAUAUGGUGUAAUUCUAGCUACAAAUUACUGGCAGAAUUCAGUCGCUUCUAAAUACAUCACAAACGCAAUGAAAGAACUAUCCCGAAGAGCCGGCGAGCGGGGUGAAAAGAUAGUAUUCAAGUUGGAAUAUGAUCGAGGAAGUGCAAAGCAGUUGCUUGAAAAUCACUAUGUUGUACCAGAGAAGGAAUAUCUAGGGAAGGCUGUUGCUCUUCCACGCCCAGAUGAGAUCCCGCAUCUCGACAUCCAAGUCAUCAAUUAUCACAAGCCUAUGCUGGGAACUUUCCAUUGCAAAUAUAUGAUCGUGGAUAGGAAAUACGCUGUUCUUCAGAGCAAUAACAUCCAAGAUAAUGACAAUCUUGAGAUGAUGACCCAUCUCGAGGGUCCCAUUGUGGACUCUCUUUAUGACAUGGCUUUGAUUUCCUGGCACAAGAAGUUGGAACCACCGCUACCAAGUCACAACUCACCGGCGGUCCAAGGUGGGCUUGGAUCAUUUGGAAACAAAAAUCAUGAUGAAAUAUACGAUCGAGAUGGAUCAAUCAGGGGACACUCGGCCAUUGUCCAUCCCGAGAGGAUGAAAGAGCAAAAAGCAUAUUCCUAUGAAUCUCGGGCCAUCAAUCAACCGAGUGUCAUCCCACCGCAAACUACAAAUGACGGCACUAAUAGUGCCGACAUCUUGACCGGGCCAAGUACGACUGAUAGUGUCACUCGACCCAUGGGAGUAUCUCAGGCGCCCGAAACAGGCGUUAACGAAGCCGCGCAGGAGGUGGGACAGAGACAAGGGAAUGUUCAACCUCUCCCUGAGAGUACUCAGCAUGGAUUCGAGAAUAAAGACUUGGGCAGAAUCGAGAUGCUACGUGAAAAUGCGAAAGCCGCUGCCACAACUGGGGAUAUGGAGCACAUCGUUCAUACCAGACGCGGCGACAAGAAGACCACCCCGGAUGAUCCCACAGACGGAAGUGCGAACGCAGAUCAAAGUGCUACAGCAACGAUUGGCAUACAUGGUCCGGAUGCUAAGACCCAAGAAUUCUUGAGUGCGGGGGAAGCAACCGUUCCACAGUCACAAAUCGAGCAUCCUUCACAAGCCAAGAAACCCCUCCCUGAGCAUACAGCCGACAACCCUCACUAUGACGAUGAUAUCGCUGCAGAGGUAGCUCGAGUCCAGACAGCUGUGUCGCCAAGGGAGGGCGAGACUCGCGUCCAGGCCGUGACACGCCAUCUCAACCAUACCAAGAACGUCGACUUCAAAGGAGAUGCUCCUGAGUAUGCUCCACAUGAGGAGAUGACUCCUUACAUCCCGCACCCUGUCCAUGAGCCUUUUCCAAUCGCUAUGGUCUGCCGCGAGCCACAUGGAACGCCCAACCAUAACUCUGUGUAUAAUCCACAGAACGAAGUUUGGCUCUCUGCUCUGAGGAACGCAAAGCAGAAUGUCUUCAUUCAAUUACCAACGUUGAACGCUGAGCCGCUCAUACCAGCGAUCAUCGAAGCUUGUGAAAGAGGGAUUGAUGUCUACUGUUAUAUCUGUCUCGGCUACAAUGACACUGGCGAGCUUCUCCCUAUGCAGGGCGGAACCAACGAAAUGAUUGCCCACAAAAUGUACACCACUCUCUCAGAUGCAGGCAAGCAAAAGCUUCACUACUUCUUUUACGUCGCCAAAGACCAAAGCAAGCCCAUCGUAGCGAAGAAAAAGAAGCGCGACUGCCACGUCAAAGUCAUGAUUGUCGACGAACACAUUGGCAUCCAAGGCAACGGAAACCAAGACACGCAAUCCUGGUACCAUAGUCAGGAGAUCAACGUGAUGUUUGACAGCGCCACAGUAUGUAAGGCGUGGAUCGAUGGCAUCAGGAGAAACCAGAACACCCAUAUCUAUGGGGAGGUUAGUAAGGAAGAUGGCAUCUGGAGAGAUGACCAGGGCAACACAGCGGCGGAUGUUAUUGGUGUUGAUCCUGGGAAGUUCAGUUGGGCCAAGGGAUUUAUCGGCGCUAUUAAUCGGGUCAGGGGCACUGGCGAUUUUUAAGAUGGGCGAAUGUGUAAGAUACCAAUGCCAGAUUCGCAGGACGGCGGCGUUCAGGAGGGAAUGAUACCAUGACUGGAUGUGAUGCUAUCACGAACG